UCCUGCUAACAAUGUUACAGGUGGGAAGAUAGUGAUGUUCAAGUCUGCAGUGAUGCAAUCCCUAAAAUCUUGAAAAAGACACUUAAAUCGAUAAACAAGGACAUCAUAGGGUCGGGGGAGCGUAUGGGACAGUGCACAAGUCGAUGCUAAACGAGUCUACUGCACUGAAGUGGAUGAUGAUGCAGGAAGAUCAGGAGACAAUAAGCUAUUGGGUUGGCCAUCAAGAUAUAAGAUAGCACUAUGUGCUACAAGAGGAAUAUCAUACCUACAUCAUGAUUGCAUCCCCCCACAUAAUUCACUGAGAUAUCGAGUUGAGUAAUAUAUUGCUGGAUCGAAACAUGGAAGCUCGAGUUUCAGAUCUCGGAUUGGCCACAUUGAUGGAACCUAAUAAGACUCAUGUUUCAACAUUAGUAGCGGGAACUUCUGGAUACUUGGCUCCUGAGUACUUUGAAACAGGGAAAGUGACCGUGAAAGUGGAUGUAUACAGCUUUGGAGUUGUCCUGCUCGAACUUCUAACUGGAAUGAAGCCAGCAGAUGAAGAAUUUUUCGAGGAAGGAACCAAGCUUGUAACAUGGGUGAGUCUUCUGAAUUUAAUGAGCAUUUCUAGACUCUCUUGUGGGUGAGGGAAGAAGAUUAUAGGAAAUCCCAAAGUGCUUCUGUACAGAAUGUUGUUCUGACUUCCAUGAUGCUCAUUCAAAAAUGUCAUCUCAAACAAAUUUAAAUAUUAAUUAGCACAUGCAAGAAAAUGGUCUAUGAAAGCAAUAUUGCAUACAGUGAACUCAUCUCAAGAGCUACAAAUUCUGAACAAUAAACUACAUGAAGUUCCAUGGCACAACGAGAUAUGCCUAUCAAGCUUUAUGUGGAUUCAGAACAGGCUGUUUAACUGGGAAAAAGGUGCCUCAACUACUAGUUUCCUCUAAUAUUAGUCUGAAACCACCUGAUAUUACAUAUAUUGAUACGGUACCUCGUUGUUUGUUUCAUGUUGAAACUUGAAACAGGUGAAGGCAGUUGUUGAAGAUAAAAGGGAAGCGUAUGUCCUUGAAAGUAGCUUAAAGUGCAGUCCCACUGAAGAGAUUAAUAAAGUAUUCAGAAUAGCAUUCAUGUGCCUUGAACCAGAGCCCUCCAAGAGACCUACCAUGGAUGAGAUUGUCAAGAUGCUUGAGCAAGCUAAAUCGGAGAGGGUUGUGGAAGAGUACUAAUAUUUACUUAUUGACUAAUCCUUUUUCUAGCAAAUUUGAUGUUUACUUUAGAGAAUUAAUUAAUAGAUGUUCAUUAACAGACAA